CGGAGCAAUGAGCCACAGCCAUACCCCUCGUGACACCCGUAGUUUCCCGGCAACACAAAACGCUUGUGUAUGAAUACACACGGUCUGCUACUUUCCCGUGGGUGUCGGAAGAACAAAAGCAGCAGCUUCGAAAUAACUCCAGUGUCUUCUUAAGAUUCAUUUAGGCAUAUUUUAAGUGAAGUAGCACACACGUUUGUUAUCUAAAAUCGGUAUUGCAAACUGUCAACAAUAUGGAAACCCUGACUUUUCCCCAUAUAAAAACAGACACCCGGUACAUGCUGAACUUGGAAAAUAGACGCAAAAACAUUUUUGUAACUCAGUUAGAAGAACCCAGAGAUGUAGAUGAGGAAAAUAUCAACCAUAUCCCGGUCAUCAAAGAGGCUGCCAACAGGAUCUUAGAGACUGGGGUGAACACCCUUCAGAGAACGCUGGUGGUCAGAAAGGAGGUGGAAGUGGACGAGGUUAACAAACAGCUUGAAGCUAAGCGGCAGGAGUUCAGCGAUCGCAUGAAGGCACUGGAACAGAGGAGAGCAGAGUUUGAGCAGAAACAGCAAGCUAGCAAAGUAAGGGCUCAAAAGUUUGACAAGUUCCUCAGAGACAAUGAUGCCAAGCGCAGGAGAGCCCUCAAGAAAUGCCAGUUAGAAGUGAAGGAGAACCAACAGAAGGAGAAGGAGAUACAGAGCCUGAUGCAGCAGCUGGAGAAGCUCCUAGCCAGGAAGCACAGUUUACAGAAGAGGGUGUCGAAUAAUAAAAUUUAUGAGGAUUACUUACUCAAGAUUAUUGACCAGCUGCCCGAGAACUACCUGGAGUAUGGGGCAGACUCCCUGGUUAUGCCUAUAAUCAGGAGGCACGAGACCCUCUCGAUCACCAAUGAGUCUCUGAUUCACCGGAUCAGCAGCCUGUCGGAUGAGCUGGAGAGCAGCCAGCACCGGCUUGAGACUCUGCAACAGGAGCAUGAUACAGCCAAUCUGAUGGCUAACGGUAAGCUUUCUGAACUUCAAAUGGAAUGGGACAGGGCAAAGGAGAGAUCCAAACAGCUGGAAAUGAAGCUGAACCUGAACCAAGGACUUGUCAGAAACCAGAGCGAAAAAUUUGGCAGCCUGCUCAUGGCUAUUACUAACCUGGCAGAUCAGUGCUACUUACGACACUAUGGGCCACUGGAGGAGAUUAACAUAUUGACAAAGCUAGACAUGAUCAAGGAAUUCAUUUUAGAAAAGGCAGAUGUUCAGAGAAAGGCAACCUGUCAGACCGAGUCUACCUCAGCAAUAGCCAGCACUACAGACCUGCCUGGAAAUAAGGAAAGAGGAGCCAGACUGCAGAGGACUAAGAGCAAAACACACCUGAGGAGCUGCAAAUGA